AUGACUGCCAAAACUGAAGUUGGCGUUGGACCGUCCGAAACGACUGUUAAGAAAGACAAAGAGGUGUUAGUGGUCCAGGAUCAAGGACUCUUUACGUUUGAAACUGCGGACACUUACGACGGUUGUUUUGAAGCUAAAAAGAAAGAUCGCAUUGCUAAAAUGCAUGGUGUCGGUGUAUACACAACAGCAGAAGGUGACAUUUACACUGGAACUUGGGACAAUGACAAACUCGGUGCAAACUUAGAUGUUCGGAUACAGUAUAGCGAUGGCUCCCGAUACGAAGGAUUGUUCAAAGAGUGGUGCUAUAAUAAUCGAGGAAAAUAUAUUUAUCCUGAUUCAAGUUUAUUGGAAUGCGAAUUUCUUGAGAACUGCCCUGUAGGAAAGCUAAAACUGAUUGAUCCAAAUGGACAUGUCUGGUUAGGUAAAGCGGAACAGGGAUACGGUUGGCUUAGUCCCGUCAACCAUUAUUUUGACAUGUUGGAGAAAUCUCGAGAUUCUAGUAGAACAAAGAAAUCGAAAAAGCCUGAACAGGAUACUGUUAAAAGUCGUAGAGUAUCUUUAUCUCCAACAAAACCAUCCUCUCCAACGAAAACGUCUUCGUCGCCAACAAAACCAAAGAAAAAAUAA